AUGAAGGAGGUGUUGCACGACCCGCAGUUCACCACUCCCGUUCCUCAGCAGGCCAAGAACGACGAGACUGAGCAGGAGCACAUUGUAAGGGUCGUCAAAAAUAACUUGGCUGUUAUCUUCAAAGCCAUGUUGCACUCCGAGGAUUCUUAUAUGGCUCAGAACUUUUGGGAGAGAGUGAGCAUUUGCUCACAUGGCCGCGGCACUCAAGUUUCCUCAACGAUUUCUGAGCUGUUUAUCGAGGCCCGCAGGACCUACACCAGCAGAUUUGGGGAUAGCAUCAUCAAUGGCGCCACGAUUUAUGUGGACCAGUGGAUAGAGCUCGUCGACGCACUCGCGAGUGGUCAUGAUCCACGGAACAAAAGCCGGAAGGCAUGGACGACAAAAUUCAGGGAGUGGACGGAGAAGCGCCAGAAGGGUGAGCUCGAAAACCUGGCUGAUAAAGUAGAGCAUGACCUGAGCUCUCGGCCUCAAUAUACUCAACGGAGAGGAAUGUCCGGGUCUCAAAACGGCAGGCGGCCUGCUGUUAGCCACGAUAACGCAGAAGGCAGUCAGAACAGCGAUUCCGACAGCGAUAGCGAAGUUGUUGUCGUUUCUGAGAGAAAAUGUGAGAGGUAUCCUGCUCAAAUAAACGAUAAGGGUAAAAGAAAGACUGUUGAGACGGCCGAGGAGGUAACCACUCGCCCGAUUAAACGGCGCGCAGACAGAUAUCAUCAUCGGGCUUUAACCACCCCUCCUCAAUCUUCUCCCCCGAGUGGUCACAACAGGUCGAGGAAGCAUAACAACAACAACAACAACAACAACAACGAGGAAGAAGACGACGUCAACGACACUUGGGAAGGGCCGUCCGGUAGUCCCGCCGCAAGGCGAUGUGCCACAAGGGCUGCUGCCCGUACUAUCGACGACAGUGACGUUGAGAAUCCUUCUCACCAUCGUGACAACAACAACAGCAACGCCUGUCCGUCUGAGCAUAAUCAGCAAGAGGAAAUCAAAGUGUUGAAGACCUCUGUUCUCCAGCUCCAUAACCGUGAAAGGAACAGGGGGAAGUACAUGACAACCUUAGCGCGCAAGACCGUCAAGAAGGAGUUUGCCGAUUUCCUCAACGAUCAUAACGGCGAACUAAAGUCCCAUAAGGAGUUGACUCAACAGGUCACAAAGCUUCAGGGGAGAGUCGAGGCUCGCGAGAAGCACGAUGAUAAACAGGGCAAAAUGUUGAAAGACCUCAAGAAUACCGUCAAUGAUCAGCUUGAAGACUAUAAGGCUCUCGCAGAGAAGGUGGAGGUACUGGAGGCUACCACCAAGGAGUAUGAGCAGCAGAUUGAGGCACUCACCGAAGAGAUCAAAGCCCUUAAAAAUGCUGAAUUCUCAACCGACUCUGGCUCCGACUUUGAGCCUGACUCCUCCAACGACAAGAAAACUGCCGCUAAUGCCACAGUCACCUGGCAGGAGUUCCAGAAGAUAAAGAAUAUUCUCAAUAACCACGAGAAGGAGUUCGAGCGCCGCCUUAAGGCGCUCGAGAAGACUCUGUGCGAGCGCUAUGAGAAGAUCAUUCGAGACCUUGAGAAGGAGAAUGCUGAGCUGAGAAACAUGCUUGCCCAGCAGAACCAGGCCACCGUCCAGAGCAAUCAGAAUGGUCAGCAGGAUCAGCAGGUGCCGCAGCGCCAGCAGAACAACAACGGUGGCAGACAGGCACAGAAUGGCCACCAGCACCAGAUCCGGAACCAGAACAACCGGGGCAACAACAAUGUUCGUUUUCAGUCUUACCAGUGCAAUAGCAGCCGGUUCAACCAAAAGCGGCUGAAUCACUAA